AUGAAGACCGCUGGAAUCAUCUCUGCCAUCGCGGCUGUCGCCUCUGCCACCACAGUUAGCUACGAUGAGGGAUACGAUCAAGCUGGCCGCGCACUUACGGUCGUCUCUUGCUCCGAUGGUGAUAAUGGUCUGAUCACCAAGUACGGCUACCAGACACAGGGAGCUAUCCCAGGCUUCCCACUCAUCGGUGGCUCGAGCGACAUUGCUGGCUGGAACUCACCACAAUGUGGAAAAUGCUACCAAGUCACAUACAAUGGCAACAGCAUCAACUUCGUGGCCAUGGACCAUGUUGCUCAAGGCGUCAACCUCAGCAAAGAGGCCAUGGACAGGCUCACUGGUGGACAGGCUGUGGCAAAGGGACGUGUCGAGGCCACUGUGACCCAGGUUGAUGUGUCUCAAUGCGGUCUCACGCCAAAGCGAUCGAUCGAAUUCAACGCAUAA